GCGAAACUCCAAUUUCAACUUCAAGUUUCAACAAGACAAGAAGAAAUCUUUGCGAAGGCGAUCCGGGUUUGUUGCCCACUCUGAAUAAGUCUUUUAAUACCCUAUUAUCAGCUGAAGACGAGGAGAGAGAGCCACACAGGGGUGCAUUUUGAGGCGCAGCUGAGCUGAAGGUCUUUUGUUUUGAGGGAGCUACGAGGACGAACGCUUAUUGGGAGACCUGUCAUUCUGCCAGCCAACAAGAUUGACAGCAGUCUUUCAUAGUCUGAAGGCCCUCGACUCCCUAGGCGGUCUAUUUUGUGUGCUCAUCAUGCAGACAGCCAGCAAUUCAGAUCACCGAGCGGCCUUGAAAUCAAUUCCUAGGCCACAAUGGAAAGAAAAGUUGGCAAAGGAAUGCAUAGAGCGCGUGAAGAAGGACCGAGCGUCUCUGCUGUGGCAGCAGCGGACGCUGGGGAAUGGCUUGCGCACGUAUGCGAGCAGAGAAGUCCUGCAAAAUAUUCUUGCUCAAGAGCUGCACAAAGUAGGAGAAAGUCCUGGAAAUGCUCAAGAAGAGACUGGCACUCCUAGCACCAGCUUUCCACGCUCUUCAGAUACCUGGAUCAAAGAAAGCAGUGUCCCCGACAGACUUGCCCUAGGGCUGGAGCAGAGUUAUGUAGUGGAGUUGCCCGCCGAGGAGAGCGCUGUUGAGAUCAGGACGGAUGGAAGCGAUGCUGACAUCGACAUGAUCUGGGAUUCAGAACCUGCAGAAGUAUCAAACAGGAGCAGAGAUUCCUCAGGGAACAUCAGCGAUGCAGACUAUGAGGACCUGAUGCUGGAGAUGGAGCGGGCGCUGAAUGAGGAGAUGGAGGAAAAUGCACAAAGACAUGAGAUGGCGAUAGUGAUGGAGUACGAGAAGGCAGAAGCAGCUUUGAGGGACAGCAUAGAGGCACAUGAGAGGAUGAUGUUGGAAGGGAGCACCCCUGCCGUCUUGUGCCCUCUCUGCCAGAAGGGACGACUCUUCUCAAGCGACCAUUCCAUCUUCUGCAUUAAUGGUGACUUCCGGAUUGACACGCAGCACGAUCAUAUCAAUCUCGAGUACUUGCAGAACCGGCUUGAGGAAGCAUGCCAUGAGCAUUCGAAGAACUGUCAUCAUGUUCCAGGUUUCGUGCUACAAGAACGAUUUGGCAUCAAAGCUCUGUAUCUUGCCUGCCAAGACUGUGGCGCACUUCAAAUAGUUGUUUGACAAACAGUAUGUUUGUUGCCAAACUAGCUCGAAGAGUCAUCUAGGUAGAUCUCUUCCCCUGGUCUUGCUCGAUGUGUUCGUGCAAUACAAACGAAGUCCCAUUCUUACUGGAUAAGGGCUGCCUCGAGCCUCUCUUUCAAGAUUUCAGCCGCAGUCUAAUAGUACCUGAGGAUCUGUUAUUAGUAUUUCCGAAUUGCAUUCUCAUGCUGAGAUAGGAUCGUUUAGUGUCGCGUCAUAGUUGAAUAGACUGGACUCUCAAGUAUUGGUGACCGACAUUUCACAUGGGGUUAGUAACUGCAACCGGAAGGUUGAGGAAAUAUGCGUAUGCAGC